CUAUCUACUAAGAUGAGUAUUCCAUUCACCAAUUUGAUCUAUUUUUAUUUUUUUUGAGAAGGUAACAGUUGUGUUUAUUGACAAGUCAGUACAUGGAUUGCACUGAAACCAUAUUUACAGCAAAAUCAAAAAGACAUCUAACUGACUCUACUUCUAACAAGAUCCUAGGAUGUCUAUAAUUGAGUCAGUGUCCUCUAAGUAUAUUUGUUUACACCAGAAACAAAAAGUUUAACGCAAUUUAGUUUGAUCAUCUGUAGAUCAAAAUUUUUUCUCUCAAAACAUCUUGAAUUCCUUUCCUUCCAUAUUGUCCACCAGACUUGCUUCCUCCCAACUAUAUAGCAAAUGAGUUAUUUUGUUAGGCAUGACCCAACUAAUACCCCUAAGGCUAACAAAGAUUCUCCACAACUGAGUAGUUGUCCUGCACUGUAGAAACAGAUGGCUAACUGUCUCAACCUGUUCACCACAAAGGUAACAUCUGGAACACAAGGAAAAUUUCCUCUUCUUGAGGUUCUCUUGUGUCAAAACAACCUCUCUUGUCAGUAACCAAGUAAAACAGACAACUUUGAAGGGGAUUUUGAUCUUCCAUAUAUGUUUCCACGACCAAUGUUGUCUUUGUAGAUUUCCUUGGUUCAAAAACUUGCAUGCAGAGUUCACCUUGAAACUACCUUUGCUAUCCAAUUUCCACCAAAGUCUGUCUUUUUCUUCAAAUUUCCUAGUUCCUCCUAAAAUGAAUGUUCCAACCUUAUUGUGUCCAUGUGUCAGCCACACUCACCUCGGUUAUACUACCAUCAUAGCUAAGUUAGGGAGUAAACUGUUUAAGCUAUCUGAUCUCAACCAAUUGUCCUUCCAAAAAGAAGUCUUGAGCCCAUUUCCAACUUUAACAUUUGUGUGCUUCUUCAUGAAAUGCCAGAGUACUCUAAUUGAUCUCCACACACUAACCCCAUAUGGGGUCUUGACUUCCUUUGUCAUCCACCUAUCCUCUUCACCAUAUUUGAUUUUAAUAACCUUACCCCAAUAUGCUUGAGGUUCUUGUGAAUAUCUCCAAAGCCAUUUCAAUCAAAGAGCCUUACUCUGUAGCUUGAGAUUUCUAAUGCCAAGACCCCCUUGUUUUUUCCCCUAAGCACUUUUUUCCAUUUGACCAGAUGAAGAAUUGUUGAAUUAGUCUCCUUAUUCCCUUUCCAGAGAAAAUCUCUCCUAACCUUGUCCAACCUCUGUAUGAUACCAUUUGGGAUUGGGAAGAUGGACAUCAUGUAGGUGGGAAGAGCAUUCAACAUUGAGUUUAUAAGGGUAACUCUGCCUCCUAAAGAUAAAUAAUGUGACUUCCAUCUGGACAACUUCUUUUUACACUUCUCCAUCACCGAGCUCCAAAUGUUCAUGGAAUUUGAUUUGGCUCCCAAAGGCAUUCCAAGGUAGGUGGUAGGUAAAGUUCCUACUUCCCCUCUUAGAAUUCUAGACAACUCCUCUAUGUUGGUAACCUCAUUUAUAGGAAACAACAUACUCUUGCUCCAAUUUAUAUGCAAUCCAGAGACACUUUCAAAUAGCACCAAAAUUGACCUUAAGAUCAGCAAUUGCCCUUCCUCAGCAUCACAAAAGAUUAAAGUGUCAUCUGCAUAUUGAAGGUGUGUGACUGCCAAGUUUGGUACAGAAUGAGGAUUUGUUGCCACCUCAAACCCCCUUAGAUAGUUAGUGUCCUUCAUACCUUUAUCAUAUUAUUUAAACCCUCCAUGGCUAUAACAAACGGGAAAGAGGACAAAGGAUCUCCCUGCCUCAGACCUCUUUGAGCUGGUAAAAAACCUUCUAGUGCUCCAUUGAUCAGAACAGAGAAUUUGACUGUUGAGAUGCAGAAUCUUACCCAUUUUAUCCAUUUCCUCCCAAAUCCCAUAUAAGUAAGUAUUUUCAGAAGGUAUUCCCAGUUAACAUGAUCAUAAGCCUUCUCAAUAUCCAAUUUACAUAAUAUUCCUGCCUUCCCCUGUGAUAUUCUAGAAUCCACCACUUCAUUAGCUAUCAUGAUGGCAUCCAUUAUUUGCCUGUUUUUGAUGAAAGCCAUCUGUUGAGUAUCAACCAACUUGUCUACCACUCUCUUCAAUCUUUCUGUGAGUACCUUUGAUAGCAGUUGUAGAUACUACCUAUGAGGCUAAUAGGCCUAAAGUCUCUCAAUUCCUUAGCUCCGGUGUGCUUUGGAAUUAAUGUAACAUAGGUCGCAUUAAAACUUUUCUCAAAAACACCCCUUGCAUGAGAAUUUCUGAAAGUACCCAUGAUGUCCUCUUUCAGCACCUCCCAACAUUUAAUAUAAAAUCCCAUUGUGAAGCCAUCUGGACCAGGUGCUUUGUCCAUGGCACACAUCUUCAAACAAGAAAAAACCUCUUAUUCCUCAAAGUUACCUUGUAAAGCUUCCUUCUCUGCUUCAGAGAUAGUAGGACAGUUUACCAACAGUCUUUGUAUACAACUUCUCAUAGAAACCAAUGAUUUCCCCUUUGAUUCUCUCUGAAUCCAUUAUGGUUGUGCCUUGAACCACUAAUUGAUCAAUGUGGUUGCUUCUCCUAUGUGCAUUGGCUAGCUUGUGAAAAUAGCUGGUGCUUCGAUCCCCCUCUUUUAACCAGAGUGCUCUAGAUCUCUGCCUAAGCUAUUUCUUCAUUUUUGAGAUGUUCUUCAUACUCCAUCAGAAGAGAUGCCUUCACAAUAGUUUCCUCUUCUGACAACACUCUUAUUUUCUUGGAUAGCCUCUAACCUGACCAACUCACUUAGAAUUUGAGUCUUUUGAGUUCCCAGAUUGCCCAUGUUGGUCCUGCACCACUCUUUAAGUUUCCCUUUUAGAGCUUUCAGUUUGCAUGCCAAGAUGUGAUCAGGUUUUCCUGUGAAUUCAAAAGACUCCCACCACCCUUUAAUUCUAUCCACAAAACCAUCUGUGUUUAGCCACCAGUUGUCAAAUGAAAUAAGACUUAUUCUGCUCCCACCAGUGUUACAAAAGGCGAGCGCCUCCUCGCCUUUGGCGAGAGGCGAGGCGAUGCCUCCUCGCCAUUCUCCACUGCGGCGAGGCGAGAUCGAAAUGGCGAGGUGUGGCGACGUAAGGCGACACAAUGGCGACAGAAAAGGCGCCGCCUUUUUAAUUAAAAAUAUUUGACUUAACAAUAUUAGUCAAAAUUAGGGUUUUUUUUAUACUUUUGAAAUUGCUGCUUUCUCCAUCGCGAUUGACCUCUUCUCCCUCGAUUGACUCUCUUCUCGGCUUCUCCAUCGCGACUCUCUUCUCCCUCGCUGUCUUCUCCCUCGCGACAGACUCUCCAGUUCUCCCUCGCUCUCUUCUCAGUUGCGAGACUCGCGACAGACUUCUCCUGUUCUCCCUCGCCGCCUCGCGAUUCUGUUCUCCAGUUCCCUCGCGACUCUCUAUUCUCCAGGUAUGUCGUUUUCUCUGUUCUUCUUCUUCAAUUUUUUUCUGUUCUCCUUCUUCAGUUUUUUUUUUUCAGUUCUGUUUUUCUCGUGUAAGCAGUGCUUACUGCUUUGUGUGAUUUUUUUUUAAAAUUAUGGGCAGUCAAUUAACAAAAAAUCUUUCCAUUUUCCUAAUUAUUUAUUCCAAUAUUCCUAAACAGUGAAUUAAUUGAAUUCAAUAACCAAUGGCGGAUGCUAGCAAAAAGAGGGACAUUGGAUGGAAUUAUGGCACUCAAGGAGCGACGAAAGAUUCUAAUAACUGUAACUUUUGUGGGAGUACUUUUAAUGGUGGAAUAACUCGACACAAACAACAUUUAGUGGGUGGUUUCAAGAAUGUUAAACAAUGUGCCGCUUGUCCGUCGGAGAUUAGAGAAGAAGUAAGGGCUUAUAUGCAAAACAAAAUCGCUAAUGAGGCCUCCCUCCAAAACUCAAAAGAUAUCUUCUACUGGAGGUUCAUCCACCGCACGGAGUGUGACGAAAGGACCUUUGAACCUCUAUUUUUCACAAAAAUCAACACAAAAAGGAGGCUUUGAAAAAGGAGGAGGAAUUGAUGAAACAAAGAAAAUUCUAAGAGAGCGUGCGGUAAGUGCUUUUGCAAUUUGGAUGUAUGAUGUCGGGCUCCCUUUUAAUUGCGUCAAUCACAAAUCAUUCGAUAAAUUUAUUGAGGCGGUUGGACAACAUGGCCCCGGAAUGAAGCCUCCUACAUUCCAUGAAGUUAGAGUCACUCACCUUAAAAAAGAGGUGGAUAAAGUAGAAAAAAUUGUUGAUGAGCAUAAAGUGCAAUGGACAAAGUUUGGAUGUUCCAUUAUGAUGGACAAAUGGACGGCACGAAAUGGCAAAAUGAUCAUCAAUAUUUUGGUGAAUUCUCCAAUCGGUAGUGUAUUUCUUGGUUCUGUUGAUGCUAGCAAUGAAUCUACCGAUUCCACCAAAAUGUACAAGUUAUUUGAAAGCACUAUCGAAAGAAUUGGACCGGAAAAUGUUGUACAAAUUGUCACCGAUAAUGCUAGUGAGAAUGUCAAAGCGGGAAGUAUGAUGAUGGGUGCGUACCCACACAUUUAUUGGACUCCAUGUGCCGCUCAUUGCAUCAACUUCAUAUUUGGUGACAUAUUCAAGGUUAAGCCAUAUGCUUCCGUUUUUAAGAAGGCCAUCAGAAUCCAUUCUUACAUUAGUCAAAGGCCAUUGUUGUUAAACUUGAUGAGAAAAUUCACCAAAGAAAGAAAUUUGGUGAAACCGGCCAAGACAAGAUUUGAAACGGCAUUCUUAAUUUUGAGAGCUAUGUACAUACAAAGAAAAAACUUGAGAACUUUAGUCCUCUCAACCGAAUGGAAUUCAAGUAAAUUUGCAAAGGAAACUUUGGGGAAAGAAGUUGUCAAUCUUAUUAUUUCUGUCCACUUUUGGAAUGAUGUUGUUCGGGCACUUACAGUUUGUGGCCCUUUGACAAAAGUGCUUCCUUUGGUGGAUGGGGAGAAAAAACCACCAAUGGGUUAUAUUUAUGAAGCAAUGGAUAGAGCCAAAAAAGCUAUUGCACAUGGUUUUCGUGGAGUUAAGAAGCAAUAUGAGAAAGUGUAUGAAAUUAUUGAUGCAAGGUGGUCAGAACAACUCCAUCGGCCUUUGCAUGCUGCAGGCCAUGUUUUGAACCCAGGAUUAUAUUAUAAAGCUCAAGAAGAGGGAACUUUAGCAAAGACUCUGUGGACUGAGUAUAUUGCAUGUGUUGAGAAGUUGGUCCAUAUACAACAAUACAAGAUGCACUAGUCACUGAGCUUCCUAAGUACAAAAUGGCGGAUGGACUAUUUGGUUGUGGUCCGGCUAAAAGAGCUAGAGACACAAGGUCACCGGUUGAAUGGUGGUCACUAUUUGGUAGUGAAACACCAAACUUGCAAAAGUUUGCCAUGAAAGUAUUAAGCCUAACUUGUAGCUCAUCCGGAUGUGAGCGAAAUUGGAGUGUGUUUGAACACGUAAGUAAAAAUUUAUAUCCUAUUUUUCAUAUUAUAUUAUUAUCAAUAUCAACUAGUUAAUAUCAAUAACUUAUGCACAGAUUCAUUUCAAAAAGAGGAAUAGGCUUACACUAUCACGUCUCAAUGAUCUAGUGUACAUUAAGUACAAUAGAACAUUGAAACGUUGUUAUGAUGCUCGUGAUCUUAUUGAUCCAAUUCGCUUGGAUAACAUAGAUGAUUCAAAUGAAUGGUUAGUUGGAUGCCCCGAAGAUCAAGAUGAUGAACUAGUAUAUGAGGAUGAUGAUCUUACUUGGGGUAGUGUUGCUACGGUAAUUGGAGCGGACGAGAGUAUCUAUCAUCUUAGGGGACUUUCUUCUAGAUCAACAGCACUUGACAAGGGCAAAGGAGUAGAAAGUACAUCUACAAGUUCAUCUUCAAGUAGGACUCGGACACUAAUUGAUGAAGAAUACGAGGAAGAAGAUGAAGAGCAAUAUAAUGAUGUAGAGGAUUUUGAUCUUCAAGAGUUGGAUAAUUUUGAAGAAGAAUAGACUUUUAAAGUUUUGGUUUAUUGUAUUUUGAAUUGUUUGGUCUUUAAAGUUUUAGACAUUUUAGUAUCUACUAUUGGUUUUUGAAUUGAAUAUUUGCUAAU